AUGAACUUUUCAUCAUCUAUCCUCGUAGCAGUAUUGCUGGCUCUGUCUGCCGGAUUCGUUCAAUCGGAAGAAGAGGAGCAGCCAAUAACUUAUGGAGCAGAUGUGUCUUAUCCCAUGCAACACGAACAAGCUUCCAAGAAUUAUCCAUGGCUCCCAUGGAAUAAAGACCCUAACAUUCCAGUACCAGAGGAAUACGAAGGAAUGCCUCUACAGCCACUUGGAAAUAAGCAGUCAUUCUACGACGAUCUGAUCCUAGGAUGUUAUGAAUAUUAUGGCAAGAAAGGGAAAAGAUGUCUUGAAACUGAGAAGGAUCGGAUUGCUAUGACCCUACGACAGCCCAAGAGCAUGUACAAUUACACCAAACUUGGGUAUACCAAGAUCCGAGCUCCGGACAAUGUCUUCAGCUUAAUAAAAGAAUUUUGGGACAAGAACAAGGGAAAAGAAAAACUGGAAAGAUGGGGCAUUGGAAACACAUACACUAACCAUUGGGAUGUGCCAACCCACAUGCUGAGUAUCGAGGACGAGAACUUGGAAAACGGUGGCUACGUCUUGAAACAACACAUUUGGAACGCCGCUCGUGAUACGAUCAGUGCUUGGACGGGUCAGCAACUCGCCGAAUGUAGUCUCUAUGGCAUUCGAAUUUACAAAGAAGGUGCCGUCUUAGCUCCUCACGUGGAUCGGUUGCCUCUCGUCAGCUCUGCGAUCAUCAAUGUUGAUCAAGAUGUGGACGAGCCUUGGCCUUUGGAGGUGAUUGGUCACGAUGGUAUUGCAGUGAACAUUACUAUGUUGCCUGGAGAUCUUGUCUUGUAUGAGUCGCAUUCAAUCAUUCAUGGCCGCCAAUUUCCGUUGAAAGGAAGAUUCAUGGCCAACGUGUUUGUACACUUUGAGCCCAUUGGUGCUGUAGGAGAUCCAAUGUACCUUGACCCAGAUUUGCCUGGGUACAUUAUCAGGGGUUCAGAAGAAGAAAAGAAUUGGCGCAAGAAUAAUCCUGAUGGCUACCGGCUAGUCGAGGGGAAGUUUACCACUGGUUCUACAGACGCACACAAUGCAGCUGGGCUUGGAAAGCAUGAGGAAGUAAAGAGAAUAUUACAGGAGAAACCAGAAUACGUCAACCAUCGAGAUAUUAAUGGAUGGAUGCCACUUCAUGAGGCUGUGCGGAAAGGGCACAUCGAGACUAUUGCCGUUCUCUUGGAGCAUGGCGCAGAUAUUAAUGCGAGAACAAAAAAUGCAGGGAGAGGAGCUGCUGGAGGCAGUGCUCUCUGGUGGGCCAUAAAAAUUCAUGGUGAAGACAGUGCCAUUGUGGAGUUUUUGAAACAGAAUGGAGCGCAGAAUUUUGCACCAAAUGAAGGAAAUCAUGAACUAUAA